CAGAAAUGACAGUCGUCAUGACAAUAAAAACAAAAACAUAACCUCAAACAUUAUCAAAAAAUGUUUCAUUCAUUAAAAUUUCAGUAAAAAAAUUUAAUAAAAUGUGCACAAAACUCAAACUCUACAUCGGCCGCAAGAUCAUUGAUUCCUUGGACAAAUCUACAAAAUUUUCCCCUACCCAUCUUCAAAAUCUCAUUCAUGUGGGAAACCCCGAAGAAAAGGGCAAAACCGAACUAAACCUACCUCUAAACAUACUCGAAACCCAUUUAGGCAUAACCAAUGUCAACCACAUAUUAAAAAUCCAACCAGAUGACAUUAUCAAAAGAGUCCAACUAGUCCGAGACAGAGCCAACAGGAAAAUCUCUUUCGAAAUCGACCCUACAAUUUUCGUAAAUGACGUCAUGGAAAACUGUUUCUUACCAGAAACCAACUUUAAACCGAGAAACAUUGUAGUAGAUUUUGGUUCACCAAACGUAGCAAAACCGGUUCAUUAUGGUCAUUUAAGAUCUACAAUAAUAGGGAGCUUUUUGAGCAACUUGAAUAUUUUUAUAACAAAUAACGUUACUAGGCUUAAUUACUUGGGGGAUUGGGGCACUCAAUUCGGCUUUAUUAAAGUAGGCAUCGAUUUGUUAAACUACAACAUGGAAACGCUUAAAAAUGAUCCAAUAAAACUACUUUAUCAGUCUUACGUGCAUGCUAAUAAAUUAGCUGAAAAAGACCCUACAGUAUUAGAAAAAGCUAAAGCUGAAUUUGUAAAGCUUGAAGAAGGUUCAAAAGACGAAAUCGCACAUUGGAGACAAAUUUUAGAUUUCACUAUUGAAGAACUAAAAAAGACUUAUGAAAGAUUAGGGGUUAAAUAUGACUUGUACAAUUCUGAGUCUAUGUAUAGCAAUAAAGAAAUUAGUAGUAUAAUUGAAGUAUUAAGAAAAAAAAAUAUUUUAAAAAAACUAAAAGAUGGCAAAGAGGUUGCAGAAGUUGGCGACAGGAAAGUUUCCCUAAUCAAAAGCGACGGAACCUCUUUGUACCUUACCAGAGACAUAGCAGCUGCAGUAGAUCGUUUUCAAAAAUUCAAAUUUGAUAAAAUGUAUUACGUUGUUGAAAACGGACAAAGUGACCAUUUCAAUGCCCUCAAAAGCAUCAUCAAUAAAAUGGACUUACCAUGGGCAGAUAGAUUAGUACAUGUUAAAUUUGGCCGAGUCAAAGGCAUAAGCACCAGAAAAGGCACUGCUGUAUUUUUAAAAGACAUUCUAGACGAGUGCAGAGAUUUGGUUGUCAAAAGACAAAUUGAAUCUCCUACUACCAAAGUACCGAUAACUGACGAAGCGACUUCGGAUAUUUUGGGUAUCAGUUGUGUGAUUAUAAACGAUUUGAAACAACGGAGGCAAAAGGACUAUGAUUUUAAUUGGGAUAGGAUUUUGCAAGUAAAAGGUGAUACAGGUAUCAAACUUCAAUACACUCACUGUAGAUUGCACAGCCUAGAAUCAAAUUCUAGUGCCAUAGCUGCCACAGCUUGUAUCCCCGAUAUACUCAUGGAAGAAGACGCAAUGGUACUGAUAAAAGAAAUGGCCAAAUUCCAAGAUAUUUUACAUAUGGCCAACGAACAAGUGGAAGCAUGCGUUCUUGUCAACUAUUUAUUCCAUUUAUGCAAUCAUAUAAAUCGAGCAUUGAAAACAUUAAAAGUAAAAGGAAUGGACUCAGAAGUAGCUUCACAAAGACUGUUGCUUUUCAACACUGCCAGGGAAGUACUGAAAAACGGGAUGAGCGUAUUGGGACUGAAACCUUUAUCUAAAAUGUAAUAGAAGUAGUAAAACAAAAUCCAAGCAAAAUAUUUAUUAAAAUGCAAAUAACUUAUACAAUAAUUAAUUAUAUUUAACACGGAAGUUGCUGAUUGAAGCAAUUUGUGUGCUAAUUUUAAUUUAUACAAAAAUAACAAGUAAAAUAAUUGUUUUAUUCUAAAAAAAAAAACAAGACAACAUAAUGGUUCGUAAAUCAUAAAUAACACAAUAUUUAAAAAACAAUAUUUUCCCAUUAAUGUAUCUUGAGACAUAAUACAAUUAAAAUUGUGUAUAAAUUUGAUAAUUGAAAGGCACUCAAUUAAAUAAAGAAACAAGAAAAAAUAAGGAUAAUUUUUUCUUUCGAUAACCGUACAAUUCCACAAAGUCAAAAAAAAAAAUAAACCAUUCAGUCCAUAAUAAAUUACAUAAAUCUUUUUAUUUAUUCAUUACUAGUUUCGUGCAAAUCAAAAUCUCACGAAUUACUUUCUGUAAAUUUGAAUGAUGCGGGAACGGCUUGUUGAGUGAAAAUG